UAUGAAAACCAUAAUUUUUCGUACUCAAAAAGAUUGAUUCCCUCAAAAAACGCAAAGCUUCUCCACUCUUCCCUUUACUUUUAAAUCCCUAAAUUACCCCUCCUUCAGCUGCCUUCCCAAGUCCUACGCCUGACCCCAAAGCCCCUUCCGGCCUCUUGCAGAAGUUUUAUCCUUCGCUUCUUCUGGUACGGCUGAAUCACCACCUGCAGAAGUGAGAACAGCCUCCAUUGGUUUAAGGAUGAGGGAGUAAAUCGCCUCGGUGGCCUCUCUAGCGAGCGAGACAUUUUGUACCUCUCUACAACCAUCAAUCACCAUUGGGGAUUCUGCACAAGUUCCUCCCUCCAUUCGAGGUGUCAUCGAUUUCAGCAGAUCACUGCAGUGGUUCUCCUCGCUUGGAGGUUUUCAUCAAGUCACCCAACUGUUCCUCUUUCAUCUCACUAUCCUUUUUCUGAAGAAGAAGAUGAUGUAAUGUUCAGGCAUGGGAUCUGGAUGGAUGAAGAAUAGGAAAUUGGUCCAAAGAUCACAAAGCUCUGCAAAGAGAUUGUUGUUUCCGAAUUCCCCCAAUUCAAGACUCGAAUGUGGAAUAAGACACCGCCAAUGGUCGUGAGGUGAAGAUGAGAAGGCAAUGUAGGAUUUGGUGGCCUAAGCAGCUCUCAUCUUCUAACCCAGAUCCCGCCAUAUUGUUCGGGUGGUUCUUUCAUUCUUCACACUCUUCUCUCGACAUUGUUGUAGCCGUUGCAGCUUCCCCAGAUGAGAUUUCAGUUUCUUUCCCUCAAUCUGGUCUUCAGGGGAUUCUCCAGAAGAUAAAUACAAAAAUGCCUCUAUUUCUACAUGACAAAUCAACAUUUACUAUUUUAGGGCACUCUGCUGCCAGUUGCUUAAAUGUGCCACUGAGAAGUGUUCAAACAGAUGCAGAGGAAAACACAAACCCCACCAAUUACAGAAAAGUGGAUACACAGGUGAAUCAGGAUUUAAGUGGAGAAAAGCUUGAAAACUGGCACUGUCAAUGCCACAAAUUGGAUGGAUUCUUAGAAAAGUGUAGGCAGCAUUCUGUUAGACAUGGUAAUUGGAUCCAGUUAUCUUUUGACUCCCAUGGAUUGUAUUGUAAAAAUAUCUGCUGGAUUCCCAAGUUGCAUCACAUACACUGGAUGGGGGAAAUAGUGUCUACCACUGAUCUUCACAUAAUAAUUUAUGACCCACCCACAUUUGGCUCGCAUAAUUUCUCUCUGACUUCUGGGGGUUCACUGGAGGAAGUGAAAUUGCCCCUCAAGAGACCGGAGUGGGCCAGCAAACUAAAUCAAAAGCAGCCACUCACUGACUUGGAUACAGUUAUCUCGGCAAUUAAUAGUGCAUAUGCUGCACAAAUAUUGUUUGAGAGAUGCAUGGGACGCAAAAUUUCACCCCACUGGCUGGUUUCUAUUGUGUGGAAAAUUGGAGCCAUGUUUGUAGCUUCUUUCUGCACUUUAUUUUAUAUAGUUCUUCAGUUCUUUCAUGGCCUUCUGAGUUACGGGUCAGAUUCAUUGCUUUACAAGAUCUUAGCAAGGGUAUUCAGCCAUACACAGAAGAAUGUCCAUGUCCGCAGCUGUCAGCUUCUGUAUUGGUCAACCUUUGGUCAAUCUGGUGAUUUCAGGUCUCAGGCAAAUGUGGAAUGUGCAGAGAGAGCUUCUAUACAUAAACACUCAAUGUGGUCAAGUGUAGUUGUUGAUAUUCUUUUGGGAAAUCUGGUUGGCUAUAUGUUGUUGGUCCAUGCUGAGGCUAUGUGCAUAUGGAUUUCAAACCUUACACAUGACAUCACGGACAAUUUGUUGCGUUCAGGUUGUGUGUGGCUGAUGGGUGUCCCAGCAGGUUUCAAACUGAAUAUGGAGCUAGCAGGUGUUCUUGGCAUGACUUCACUUAAUACAAUUCAAAUUUGGUCUACCCUAUGGUUCUUUUUGGGUUUCUUCUUGAGCUAUUUCAUCAGAGCACUUGCUAUAUCUGGAAUCAUUUUGGGGGCCACUAUACCCGCUGCACUGGUUAUAGACACAAUUGUGCUUGCAACAUUGCAUAUUUUAACUCUUCAUUGGCUGAUCUCUCUUCUAUAUUUGAAACAGAUUCAGGCUUUAGCAGCUUUGUGGCGCCUUUUCAGGGGUCGAAAAUGGAAUCCACUACGGCACAGAUUAGAUAGUUAUGACUACACUGUGGAGCAACACAUUGUUGGAUCACUUCUAUUUACACCCCUCUUACUUUUACUGCCAACAACAUCUGUGUUCUACAUUUUCUUCUCCAUUAUGAAUACAGUGAUCUGUUCCAUCUGCAUGUUGAUUGAGAUUGCUAUAUCUAUUCUCCAUGCCACGCCUUAUGCCAAAAUUUUCCUUUGGAUGGUAAGACCAAGAAGAUUUCCUUCUGGAGUAUGGUUUAAAAUUAUAUCUGGCGAAGAGCUAGGUUAUCGCGAAAAUGGAUAUCGUAAUGAAAGUAGUUCAACAUCUGGGAAGUCACAGCAAAGAAAAACAGACCAAGAGGACAACAAAAGAUCCAGAGUUGUGAUUUCAGUUCUCCACAGCAACAUCUUAAAUAUAGAGAACUUAUUUCAGGACAAAUCACCUUACCUCACUAUAGAAAUGUAUUCCGUGGGUUAUCGUCUCCUCUGCUGCUUCAGCAGCCUAUGGACUUCUGAUUGGGAAAAGAAUUCCAUUGGGUUUGGGAACUCGUCUUCCUUCAACAAUGUGCUGGAUGUUUGUUGACUAUAGGCAGUAUUGGCGGUUAUGCUAUGACUACGUAAUGACAGAUGAUAACUUUGUUGAAGUCACCUGAUAUAUUAGAACAUAUCACUCUUCCUGCUCGUCCUCCAUUGUUUAUUCUCUUUUUUUGUCAUUCAUGUGUAUUAAUCGUAGAUUUUGGUAGGUAUCCCUAACGAGUUAGGGGUGGAUGAAGUAAACACUGUAUUUCGUUGUUAUAAUUGGAAUGCAUUGCAAUUUUGAA